AUGCCCAAAGGAGUUGUAAUCGUUGAAUUUUAUGCAAAUUAGAUUAAGUCCUCCUUUUAAAAAUGGUUGGUCUUAUUCUCAUAUUCAAUAAUUGCGUAUUACAAUUUAAAAUAGUUUAAGAAUGGCUAAUGUAAUGUAAUUGGUAAGUUACAGUCCAAUUUGGGAAUCAGCAGCAAUAUAUUAUGGAAUACCACCAUAAGAUUUAUAAUGGAUAGGAAAUAUGAAUUAUAUCACCUUUUUUGUUUUGGCUCCUUUUUGUAUAAAGCCAUUAUUAGUAAGAUUGGAUAUUAGUAUGCAUUUGAUAGGAGUCAUAAGUGCCCUAGGGUAUGAUGGUUUUAAAAUAUAAUUUGAAGGGCAUGGAUAAUAUGGAUUGGAGGAUAAUCAUAUUUAAUGACUAUGAUAGGUUUAUUUAUAAUUGGAAUUAGUGAUGCUAUGAUAUUAAUAGUUCCAGUUUGUAAUUAAAUUGUAAAUAAUUAAGUUCUCUCUGAAUAAUGGUUUUCUAUAUAUAUUAGAGAUUGUUGGCUACUAGUCUAGGUAGUUUUUUUUAAUAUAUUGGAAUGGCAUUUGCUUAUGGAUUUUCUUCAUUUUAUUUUGAUAUAACAGAUGAACAGAGUAUUGUAAAUACAAAAAUAAAUGAAAUGAAUUUGAUGAUUGCCAUCUUUAAUACAGUUGGAGCAGUUCUCUUUUUUAUGUUUUUCAGAAAUAGACCUCCUCAUCCAGCUUCAAAUUCAGAUGUAUCAUAUCUAUAAAUAUAUAUAUAAAGAAUAUAGUAAAAGAUACAAUUUGGAAAUCUACUGUGAAAAUGUUAACAAAAGAAGAAUCAGUAAUUGAUUUAUUAUCUUUAGGAAUUUGUAAAUUUAUUAAAUUAUUAAAAGUUAUUGAAUUAGGUUGGGUGUAAACAACUAUUAUAUCUUUUGAAUUGUAUCCUUUUGGUUAUACACAAGUAUUUGAUUAAGUUAUAAAUUUUAGGCUGAAGUUGCAAUCAAUGGAACUGUUUAUUAGAUUUCUGGAGUGGCAGUUGGUUUAUGGGCUUCGAUCAAAUUAGAUUCAUAAGCUAAAUAGGGAAUAUAACCUGAUUAUGACAGAUAUAUUAAGAUAUUUACAAGCAUAGGAAUGAUCACAUUGAUUUUAGAAGCAUUUAUCAUCGAAUAUUUAGAAUUCUGGAUGUUGCUUUUUGUUAAUUUUGCCAUGGGGAUGUGGGUCUCAAUUCUUUUUAUCCUAUAGCAAUAUAAGCUUAUAUUGAGAAACUAUACCCUGCUUCUGAAUUAGUAUUGGUUACUGGAUUAUUGUGUUUAGUAAAUGUAUUUAUUAAAAUAAUAUUGAAAGAUGGUUGGAUUUGAAUUGAAUUACUUAAUUGUUUUACCAGAAUUUGAAUAAUUUGGAUUAUGGAUAGGAUGUUUGACAAUUACUCCAGGAUAUUUAUAUAUCUUGUUAAAUUAUAAGACAAAAUAUUGA